UUGACUGUUUUGACCAAGAACCCGCCUUUGUCGCUUUAACAGGGAAGGCGAGAAGAUUGUCGAGGGAAAAGAAGGGAAGAGUCCAGAAGUCGUCACCGUCACCGUGUUCUUCCUCAUACUCUCUCGCAAUGGCGUCCGCUCUUAAAGUUCGGGAGAAAGUUGAGCUGUUCCUGAACGCCGCUCGCCGUGGCGAUAUCGAGCUCUUCAAGAAUACCGGGCAGAUUCUUGAUGAGGAAAAGAAGGGAAUGGCAGAAACCGUUUCUAGUGUUAAAGACGCAAAUGGUCGAAGUGCAUUCGCUUUUGCAGCAAGGGAAGGUCAGACUGAGAUUUGCAAGUUUAUAGUUGAGGAGCUGGGGGUUGAUGUGGAUAUAAAAGACGAUUGGGGCGAAACUCCUCUUUUCCAUGCGGUUCGUCAAGGACACCUUAUGACUGCUAAAUACCUCCUUGACAGUGGUGCUGAUCCUUCCAUUCCUUCCACUCAGUCAGGAACUACUCCGUUGCAUCAUGCUGCUAGAACAGGAAAUGUGGAGUUGUUGACUAUUCUACUCAAGAAAGGUCUUGAUGUGGAUCUAGAAAGUGAUGCUGGUACUCCACUUAUAUGGGCUGCAGGUGAAUGCCAGCCCAAUGCGGUGAAGUUCUUGUUAGAUCACAAUGCAAAUCCCAAUGUUGAGUUUGAUGGUACCACUCCACUAUUGGCAGCUGUUAUGGCUGGUUCCCUUGAUUCUGUGAAAUUACUGAUUGAGGCAGGGGCAAAGGUAAAUUUUGGGGCUGGAUCAGCCACUCCUUUGCAUGUAGCUGCUGACUGUGGAAACGUGGAAAUCAUCAACUGCUUGCUAAAAUGUGGUGCUGAUCCUAAUGCUUUAGAUGAGGAUGGUUGGAAGCCAAUACAAACUGCGGCUGCUAGAGAUUGUCGUGAUGUAGUUGAGAUUCUUUUUCCUUUGACUUCUCCUGUUACCAGUAUAUCAAAUUGGAGCAUUGAUGGAGUAUUUGAGCAAGUGCGGCAAGCAACCCACAAGGAAGUGGAAACAGGAGCUUGUCCUGACAAUGAUAAGCCAGAUAAGAGCAACUUCCAAAAGCCAAAGAAAGUUGAGGUGUCAGAUGAGUCAAAGUCUAGAUCUUUGGAAGCAAAAAGUAGAGGAGAUGAAGCAUUUCGAAGAAAGGAUUAUCUCAUGGCUGUGGAUGCAUAUACACAGGCAAUCGACAUGAACCCGACAGAUGCAAGUUUACUAUCGAACAGAAGCCUUUGUUGGAUCAGGUUAGGACAAGCUGAGCAGGCACUUUCUGAUGCAAAGGUUUGCCGAGAAUUAAGGCCAGAUUGGCCGAAAGGAUGCUACAGGGAGGGGGCUGCACUUCGUCUCUUGCUGAGGUUUGACGAGGCUGCAGAUGCCUUCUAUCAAGGAGUCUUGUUGGAUCCUGAAAACAAGGAGCUUGUAGACGCUUUCAGAGAAGCUGUUGAAGCUGGGAAAAAGUUCCAUGGCACCGGUUGAUGGGCUCUGGAGGAAUUAUAAAUUUGGCCUGCUAUGAAAGCUUACUGUACUGGCAAAGGUGAGAAAAGUAGGUUUCAGAUUGAAGGAUGGCAGAGGAAGCAGGGGAAACUAAACGCUAGAUCACUAUUAUGGGUGUGGAUGCCUUACGUAAAUUUGGUGGGUGCCUUACUUAAAUUUGGUCGGUGCGGUGAUCUCGCUGGUGUAGCGUGUGGUUUCUCCUGCUGCCUCCCAAGCUUGUAAAACCCGAAGGUGAAGACACAGGUGUUCAUUGUACAACGAAAUCUUAUUAAGGAUUAUGUAAUCAUGAAAUGUGAUGGGUUGUUUAGUUAUUUAGUUAUUUUGGGAUUGUUUUUGUCGACAAUACCUUUCUCUCUCGGAUAUUUUUUAUGUUAAGAGGGAAGCGUUCAUAUCUAAUACUUUUUUUCUCUUUC